AUGACCGGAAGCAAACAAGAGAGCACAAAUGCCGCGGAAAACACUAGAAUUGUCCUGGAAGAAGAACUUCUCUUUUGCAAAAUCAUGCAAAAGUCUCUGAAAGAAGUCGAGUUCGAGUCCAAUUCAAGAGAUCUUGUGUUUCAAGGGCCGGACACGAAUGUUUAUGUUUCUGACGAGGAGCUUGAAGUUUUAAUUCCAAUUAUCCGGCGAUGGGGGGCCAAUGAAAACAAAACCGUUGCAACGUCUAUCAGAACUGUGGCCGGCGCGGCGCAGGCGAAUAAGCAAUUUACGCCACUAAGGGAUGAAGUUAUGCUACAUGCUUACCAAAGUGAAACAGCAGUAGCUAUUCAGAUUUUGACUUGUCCUCUGCCCGACGAGCUCGACGAAAUGGAAUUUGAGGUUCAUUUGGGCGUCGGCGCCGAUGGCUCAGCCACUGACAUUACGACCGUUCACAUUUUCCGGUAA